AUGUCUGAAGCUACUGAAGGAGAAUCUCCUGCAGCUCCAGUGGAAUCGCCCACUCCCGCUCAAAUAGAAGACUCGGAGGAGGCAAAUUCGCUACAGUGUGACGACUGUGGCAAGAAGCUACGAAACGCCCAAGCUGCUCAAGUCCAUGCAGAGACCACACAGCAUGUCAAUUUCAGUGAAUCAACCGAAACCAUCAAACCCCUAACGGAAGAGGAAAAAGCUGCCAAGCUGCAAAUGCUCAAGGAGAGACUUGCAGCGAAACGUGCAAAGCAAGCUGAAGAGGAGUUAGAGCAAGGCAAGAAGAAUGCUGCUAUUGAGCGGAAAAAGACGCAAGAAUCAGCAGAAGCCAUUGAACAACUCAAACGAAAGGAAGAACUUAAUGCCAUCGCUGCUAAGAAACGAGAGAAGCAAGAAGAUCUCAAGGCCAAGCAGCGUGUGAAGGAACAGAUUGAGGCGGAUAAGCGCGAGCGUGCUGAGCGAUCUGCACGCGAGAAGGCACAGCGUGCUGGUCAAGCGGUGCCUGUGGCUGCAGCGCCAGUGGCGGCACCCAAGACGUCCAGUGAGCCUGUCGCUUAUACCACAGCAAGACUACAAAUCAGAGCCGCUGGCUUGCCAAAGCCCAUCAUCAAGACUUUCCCAAAGUCGGUUAGUUUGUUGGAUGUGGCAAUCGAUUUGGCAGAUAAUGAGGCAGGUCUCGCUAGUCUUGACCCAUCUGCAGCGACUUUUAAGAUGUUUGGGCAAGUCAUCAGAUGUGCAGACUUGAAUAAGUCACUGGAAGAGCUGAAGCUGGUGCCAUCUGCUAGUUUGAUGCUCUCUUAG